AUGGAUGUGCCGGCAAAGGGAAAUAUUCUGGGACGUGUUGUCCCAGCGCGGUAUAUUCUAUCUGUACUGGGUUCGAUAGGUAUGGCAAUAGUUUACGGGUUAAAAGUUAAUCUUUCCGUAGCAAUGGUUGGUAUGUUGAACCACACAGCGUUAGAACAAUCAGUACACAAGUCACAAGUAGAGGAAAAUUUUACGGCGUUUGCAGAUGUCGACUGUGAAACUGCAGGGAACUGCAGUACUAUUGCUAAGGAAGCGGAUGGACCUUUCCUCUGGUCGUCUGAAAUACAAGGAGUAAUACUUAGUUGCUAUUUCUGGGGAUAUUUUGUGUCUCAAAUUCCUGGGGGUCGUAUAGCGGAAUUGUUUUCUGCUAAAUGGGUGAUGUUCUUCAGUGUGACCAUCAAUGUGGUGUGCACUUUGCUCACUCCGGUGAUGGCUGAGGCGCAUUACGUUGCAGUCGUUGUUAUGAGAGUAGGGGAAGGGAUUGGAGGGGGCGUCACUUUCCCUGCAAUGCACGUAUUACUAUCAAAAUGGGCCCCGCCGGCCGAGAGGAGUGUGAUGGCGGCACUAGUAUACGCGGGGACUUCUUUGGGCACGGUUAUAUCAAUGCUGACGGCCGGCGUUCUUACUGCCACUAUCGGAUGGGAAAGCGUGUUCUACGUGAUGGGCGGUCUGUCCGGUAUAUGGUGCAUUUUAUGGGUGUGGUUGGUCCAAGACUCGCCUCAGACACAGCCUCUCAUCAGUAAGGAAGAGAGAGAGAUGAUCGUCACCUCGCUUGGUGGAGGCAGUGGACAUGAACACAAAAAGCUACCAGUGCCAUGGAAGGCAGUGCUCACAUCAGGGCCGUUCCUCGCCAUCCUGGUGGCGCACGCCUGCUCCAACUGGGGCUGGUACAUGUUCCUCAUCGAACUGCCCUUCUAUAUGAAGCAAGUGCUCAAGUUUAACAUGACUGAGAAUGCAGUCACCACAGCAUUACCAUUUCUGUCGCUUUGGUUGUUCACGAUGGCCCUCAGCAGAACCCUGGACUGGUUGCGUGGCAGGGGACACAUCACCACCACCACUGCUAGGAAAAUAGGCACUUUGUUUGCGUCGGCGGUGCCGGCGGCGUGCCUGCUGUGCCUGUGCUACGCGGGCGGCGCGCGCGCGCUGGCCGUCGCGCUCACGGCGGUCGGCGUCACCGCCAUAGGCGGCAUGUUCUGUGGCUUCUUAUCUAAUCACAUUGAUAUUGCUCCUAACUUUGCUGGAACACUGAUGGCGCUAACAAAUACCAUAGCAACCAUACCUGGAAUUGUAGUUCCUAUUUUUGUAGGAUAUUUGACACAUGGCAAUCCAACAAUCUCAGCAUGGCGGGUGAUAUUUUUUGUGACGAUUGCUUUGUACGUCAUAGAAAUAAUAGUUUAUAUGAUAUUCGGCUCCGGCGAGCAGCAGCCGUGGAAUGAUGUGCAAGAAAACGACCAACCUGAAGAGAAACCCUUGAAAAGUGACGUUAAAGUUCUUGUU